AUGGAUAUUGGUACGACAUCAGUCAAAGUUUGUGUAUAUGAUCCGGACACAAAAGAAUUAAUAGCUAAACAAAAUAAGGAUACCGCCGCAAACAUUCCAAGUGAUCAAGGAAUAGAAGGAAACAAGCAGGAUGUUCCAAAAAUAGUAUCUGCUGUGCACUACUGCGUUUCAAGACUACCUCGCGAUGUUUUGCGCCACGUUAAGAAGAUUGGAGUGUGUGGUCAAAUGCAUGGAGUUGUUUUAUGGAAAAACCGAGCAUGGGAAAAGGUAGAAAAAGAUGGUGUUGUUAUCCGAUAUGAAGCUACAAGAGAAAAAAUGUCCGCUUUAUAUACAUGGCAAGAUACAAGAUGUAAACCUGAAUUUUUGGACACUUUGCCAAAGCCUGAUUCCCAUUUGCAAUGUUAUUCUGGCUAUGGUUGUGCUACUCUUUUAUGGAUGCUUAGACAUAAACCAGAAAAACUAAAAAAUUUUACUUGUUCAGCAACUGUACAAGAUUUUGUAGUAGCUAUGCUUUGUGAUCUUGAGAGUCCCAUAAUAUCAGAUCAGAAUGCAGCUAGCUGGGGCUAUUUUAAUACAGAAAUUAAUGAAUGGAAUAUAGAAAUUUUGAAAUCAAUAGAUUUUCCGGUAAAUCUAUUGCCAAAAAUAGUAAAGAGUGGAGGUAUAGCAGGGACAUUAAGCAGUUCUUGGAAUGGGAUUCCAGAGGGAACACCAGUAGGUGUUGCUAUGGGUGACUUACAAUGCUCUAUUCUUGCCACUUUAGAGACCAGGGGGGAUGCUGUUUUAAAUAUAUCUACCUCAGCCCAACUUGCCAUUGUAGUUGAUAAGAUAUCUGAUUUAGGGUGUCAGACCAUUGAACAUUUGCCUUAUUUCAAUAACACCUAUUUAGUUGUAGCUGCAUCAUUAAAUGGUGGAAAUGUACUGGCUACAUUUGUAAAAAUGCUUCAACAAUGGAUGCUUGAGUUUGGAUUUCCAAUUCCUCAAUCUAAGUUAUGGGAAAAGCUAAUAGCUCUCGGCUUGGAUGCCCCAGGAGGUACUAAUAUGAAGAUAAUACCUUUACUGUUAGGUGAACGUCAUGCACCAACAGCCAAGGCUUCUGUGGAAAAUAUUGACCUAUCUAAUAUUCAGUUGGGUUAUGUAUUUAGAUCAUUAUGUGAUAGUUUAAUUGAAAAUUUACAUAACAUGAUGCCGAAACAAAUUUUACUAAAUGCAAAUAUUAAAAGAAUUGUUGGCAAUGGUUCGGGUUUGUCAAGAAAUGCUGUACUACAAAGAGCUGUAGAAAAUUACUAUAGUUUACCUUUAGAAUUUACAUCGGGAGUUCAUACAACAAAAUUCCUAGAGCUGAGUUUUAUUGAGGACAACAUGGAAAAUAUUAAAAAAUCAGAUGACGUGGAUAGUCCAACAGCUGAUGGAAAUUUAUUGCAACCACCAAAAGACAAGAGCAUUGCAACACGAAACCCAUUGAUGAAAGUACGUACAUAUGUGUUGGCACUUCGACCAUGGUCUCUAAGUGGAAGCUUACUACCGACUCUCCUGGGUGCUGCUUUGGCCUAUCGUCUUCCCGGAGAUAAUGGAUUUAGUUGGGUUACAUUACUGCUCACUCUUUGUACAGUUAUUCCAGUUCAUGGAGCUGGAAAUGUUGUAAAUACUUAUUUUGAUUUCGUUAAGGGAAUAGAUAACCGAAAAUCUGAUGAUAGAACAUUAGUUGAUCACAUUUUAAGCAUAGAUGAAGUUGUAUCUUUGGGAGCUAUACUAUAUAUGGCAGGAUGUGCUUUUUUUGUUUUAUUAGUCAUAAUGUCACCUGCUAGAAUGGAACAUUUAGCUUUGGUGUAUUUUGGUGGUUUAUCAUCUUCAUUUUUAUACACAGGAGGAAUAGGCUUAAAAUAUAUUGCACUUGGAGACAUUAUAAUUCUAGUCAUAUUUGGACCUGUGUCUGUUGUGUUUGCUUUCCUAGCCCAAACAGGGAGAGUUGAUUGGCCUAUAUUUUGCUAUGCUAUACCAUUAGCUUUGAACACUGAAGCUAUUUUACAUAGUAACAACACAAGAGAUUUAGAAGCUGAUAGAAAAGCAGAAAUUGUGACUUUAGCUAUUUUAAUAGGCAGAACAGCAUCUCAUUUGUUAUAUGCCUUCUUACUAUUUACACCAUAUAUAAUGUUUGUAGUAGCAUCUGUUCGUUGCUCUUUUUGGUUCUUAUUACCAUUACUUACAUUACCUAGGGGAUUUGAAAUUGAAAGAAGAUUUAGACGUCCAGAAACUAUGCAGUAUGUUCCAAGACAAACUGCAAGACUUAAUUUUUAUUUUGGCAUGUUAUAUAUGAUUUCAUGUUUAUUUGCAAAUAAACUGCCUUUUUUGUCAAGA